AUGGCGCUCGAAGCAGCGGUCGUCGGCCUCCCUGGCAACUCGUACGCCUUCACCAACUGCGUGUACGUGCACAUGGACGACUUCAUGUCGCUGGUGAAGCAGACGCCCAGGGGAAUGGUCACAAAGGACGAGCUGCGCGCUCACGGCCUCAACGUGUGGCUCAACCGCAAGUUUGUGCUGGCUGCCAAGCCCCACAAAGAGCUCGAGCAAGGGACGGUGGCCGUCGGAACGAUGCAGCGCAUGUGUGUAGGGCUCCCUAUGAACGAGGUCUGCGAGGUCUCGGUCUUUGGACCGUCUCAGAGCGUUCUCAGCACCGUCACGUUUGAGGUCCAGCAAGUGCUGACGCGGGCGCAGGGCAACGACUUGCGCGUCGUGGACUGCAGUUUGCUCAAGAAGGUCUUUGAAAAUGAGUACAUCCACCAAGUCUUUGCGGUGGGGCAGCUCCUGGCUGUAAGGUGCGACGGACUGCCGCUGCGUCUACAGUGUGUAAACGUGGACACAGUGGACGGAGACAGCAGCGGCUCGAGCUCGUUUGCACCGCGUCACGGCACGUUUCUUGAAGGUGCUAUUGUGUCAUUUACAAAGGCAAAAGACGCUCCGAUUCGUCUUACGAAUCAGUCUAGCGGUACCACUCGCACGGUGUUCAAGCCGGACUUUGACUUUACGAAGCUUGGCAUUGGUGGCUUGGACAAGGAGUUCAACGACAUCUUCCGUCGUGCUUUUGCCUCACGGUUGUUCCCUACCGAUGUCAUUCAGAAACUCGGUAUCCAGCACGUGCGUGGAAUGCUGCUGUUUGGACCACCUGGUUGUGGUAAGACGCUUAUUGCACGGAAGAUCUCCCAAGCUCUGACUGCAAAAGAGCCGAAGGUAGUCAACGGACCCGAGAUUCUGGACAAAUUUGUCGGCGAGUCGGAGCGCAAGAUUCGUGAACUCUUUUCCGAUGCGCGCAAGGACCAAGAGGAGCUCGGGGACGAGAGCGACGUGCACAUUAUCAUCUUUGACGAAAUCGAUGCCAUCUGCAAGCAGCGUGGCUCGAGCCGUGAUAGCACCGGCGUGGGUGAUAGCGUAGUGAACCAGCUGCUGACGCAGAUUGAUGGCGUCGAUAGCUUGAAUAACGUCCUGGUGAUCGGGAUGACAAACCGAAAGGAUAUGCUGGAUGAAGCUUUGGUGCGUCCCGGUCGUCUCGAGGUGCAGAUUGAGAUUAAUCUGCCUGAUGAUAAAGGUCGGGCUCAAAUUCUCAAGAUUCACACAGACCGUGCCCGCGAGAAGGGAGCGCUGCACCCGAAAGUCAUUGCAGACCUCGACAACUGCCUUGACUCAGCCAAAAUCGUCAGCAAGGAUCCCGACUACAAAAACCUUGUUCAGCGCACGAAGAACUUUUCUGGUGCCGAGAUUGAAGGAUUGGUACGCGCUGCUACAGCGCAUGCCCUUUCGCGCGGUACCGAUGGCCGCACGAUGCAUGCAAUCGCCAACUACAAUCCUGAGAUCUCUAUGGAGGAUUUCGCGCUGGCAUUGGAUGAGGUGAAGCCUAAAUUUGGUGCUCCGAGCGAUCAGCUGGCGCUUUAUUACAAGAACGGACUGAUUCCGUAUGGCGUCUCAUUCACUGACGUACGUGAGACACUGGCUCGUGUGAUCGACCAAGUCCGCUCGAACGACAAGACGCCUUUGAUGUCGGUGCUACUGCACGGCGAGCGCGGCGCUGGCAAAACAGCGUUAGCCACGUACUGUGCUGUCGCAAGUGAGUUCCCGUUGGUGCGCAUGGUCAAGGCGUCUGAGCUCAUCUCACGUGCCGAGAGCGGCAAGUGCUCGUUUAUCUACAACGUGUUUGAGGAAGCGUAUCGUUCACCGCUUGGCAUCAUCAUCCUGGACGACAUUGAGCGACUAAUUGACUACGUUGGUAUGGGUCCUCGGUUCUCGAACCUGGUGCUGCAGGCACUCAUGGUGUUGGUGCGCAACCCAGUGCCUGUAGCUGGGCGGAAGCUUGUCGUGAUCGGCAUCACGUCCAACAUGACGGCCUUGCAAGGCGUGGAGCUGAGCGACGUUUUCGAUCUGUGCCUCGAGGUACCGCAGCUGACACAGAGGGAGGAAGUAGAGAUGGUGCUGACACAGACAGGACUGCCCGUGGCUGACGACCAGAAGCACGAGGUAUUGACGCUGCUGUCGGACCGCCCGAUCUCGGUCAAGAAACUCUUGCUCGUGACGGAGAUGGCCAAAGAGGAGCUGAACCGCACGGGCGAGAGCACCAUUACAGCACAGCAGCUGAUUGAAUGUGUCUACAAGUUCGUGUAG